AUGACUGUAACGCCCGAGGAGGAGCUCCCGCCACAAAAACUACACUAUCUUCGUGAGCCUCAGGCUCCAAGUGCAUACGAGGCCUUUUACGAAGAAUACAAACCAGAUGUUCCCAUAGCGAUCGACAUGGGCGCCUCCAACGUCAGAGUCGGGCUUGUUGAUAAGCCAGAUCCGCAUAACGUGUUCCCCAAUUUGCUUUCUCGGUACAAAGAUAAGAAACUGGGACUUAAUUUGACGCUAGUAGGGAAUGAUAUUUUCCGAGAGUCCACCAGUCACAGCGGAAUCAGAUCGAAUGCUAAAUCGCCCUUUGACGGGCCACUUAUAACCAACUGGGACAUUGUUGAAAACAUCUUGGAUUACUCAUUGGAGCACCUAGGUGUUCAAUCGCUGACUGGGUCGUUGGAGAAUCCCGUGGUGAUGACUGAGCCUGUGGCGUGCCCUUCAAGCCAAAGAAAGAGCAUGUACGAACUUCUCUUUGAGACAUACUGUGCUCCAAAGGUUGCUUUUGGCAUUGAUUCGCUUUUUUCAUUUCAUGCAAACUCUACAAAGCCCGAUGGGCUCGUAGUCAGUUUGGGAAGUGAACUGACCCACAUCAUUCCUGUCUUGCAGGGGAAAGGUGUCCUACUGCAAUGUAAAAGAAUCGACUGGGGCGGGAACUUGGCUCUGCAGUUUCUUCAAAAACUACUCGCUUUGAAAUAUCCAUACUUUCCCACUAGGCUCUCCAAUUACCAUACUAACCACAUCCUCCAUGACCAUGCCUAUGUUCUGAAAGACUACCCCUCAGAGUUAUCUACCUACCUUGACAUGGACGUCUUGGAAAACAGAGAUGUGGUUAUACAGGUACCUGUCGAGGUAGCCUUGGAUAAGACAAAGAAGUCAGAAGAAGAGUUGGCCAAGCAGGCUGAGAGAAGAAGAGAACAAGGAAGAAGGCUUCAAGAACAAGCUAGAAAGAAAAGAUUGGAGAAACUUGUUCAGAAGGAACAGGAGUUUGAAUAUUAUGGCCAGCUUCGUGAGCAGUUUGCGCGCUUGUCCAAAGCUGAGGCGGACAGAAGAGCACAGGCAGAAGAUUUCAAAGAUUUGAAUGACUUCAAUAAGUAUGUGGACAAUUUGGAAAAGGCUUUACGUAAGGCGAGGUCUCAAGAUGUGGACGAUGGCGGUGAAGAAGAGGAACCCAAUCCUGAGGUUGCAUGGCCACUAGUGCUGAUACCAGACGAGGAAUUAAGCGAAGAGCAGAUCAAGGAGAAGAGACGACAAAAGCUUCUCAAAGCUAACUACGAUGCCAGGAUGCGUGCAAAAGCGGAAAAGAAGAGGGAAGAAGAGGAGAAGGCACAGCUCGAGAAGGAACAACAGGAAUGGAGGGAGCGUGACUUGGAAGGCUGGUGCACUGCUAAAAGAUUAGAGUUGGCCCAGCUUAUAGCAGGCUACAAGAAGCGCAUAAAGCUUAUGGAGGCAAUGAGAGACAGGAAAUCUAUGGCUGCGCAACAGCGAAUGAAAAACAUUGCCGAUUUAGCAAACGACUCUUCUGCUGGCAAAAAGCGUAAGAGAAAUACUGCGGCAGCUACAAUUGAUAACGACCCUAAUGAUACUUUCGGUGCUAAUGAUGAUGACUGGAACGCUUACAGAGACAUAAGUAACGCUACGCUUGAGGAGGACCAAGAAGAAGCAAAUACUUCAAUUCUUCGUAUCGAGCAGGAGUUGAUGGAACACGACCCUAACUUCCAUUAUGAAGAUACCUUGGCUGCCUCUGAGACGUUUGAUUGGAGAAAUUCGAUACUCCACAAAUUUAUUCACGGCCCACGCCAGAGUCUCACGCUAGCUAUGCAAGCAGAGGGCCAUGACCCACAGGAAUUAGCCAACCACCCUGAAAUUAUAAGGCGCAAUCAUCAGCUCCAUAUUAAUGUGGAGCGUAUCAGAGUGCCUGAGAUAUAUUUCCAACCACACAUCGCCGGUCUUGAUCUGGCAGGUAUCCCUGAAGUGAUUCAAAAUCUUGUUUAUAGAAAUUUUGACGGAAAUUUUGGAUCAGGAGGCCAACUGAGAAGUCUUGUCGAAAACAUUUUCGUUACUGGAGGUGGAUCCUUAGUCCCCAACUUCACAGACAGAUUGAGAGCUGAAAUUCAAAGUUUUCUUCCUGUCGGCACAUCAUUUAAUGUUACACACGCAAGUGAUCCUAUUAAUGAUUCUUGGAGGGGUAUGCAAAAGUGGGCAGCGUCGUCUGAAUCACAAUCUGACUAUGUCACGAGAAAAGAGUACGAAGAAUACGGGUCUGAAUAUCUCAAAGAGCAUGGUCUUGGCAAUAUCAGCCUUCGCAACUUCUAA